UCUCUGUAUCUCUCCCUCUCUAGUUUAUCUAAUUUAGAUCAAGAUCUUCCUAACAGUAUGAUUCAUAAUGUACCAAUAAAGAGUUUACCACAGGAUUGGUUAUGGUGUGAGACAUGGUGUUCAAUGGAGACAAAAUCAACUGCUAAAACUAUUGACUUGUGUAAUAAUCCAAUGACAAAGGAGCCUAAGUUAACAAGUGCAGUACGUAUCAUUGAUGAAUGGGUUGACUAUGAUAAUGAGAUUAAAAGAUUGCAAAAGGAAACAAUGACAGAGACAAGUCUCCCUACCUCUCCCUCAUCAACUCACACUCCCUCUCAUCAAGAACUGUAAUUAUUAUUAUUAUUAUUAUUAUUAUUAUUAUUAUUAUUAUUAUUA